CUCUCGACCCGAUCCCACCAACCCCUUCUCCCUCUCCGCCGCACUUGCUCAUCCCUCCCAAUGGCGACGCCGCAAGCGCGCGCGCCGCCGUUGCUACGGGCUCCGCCCCGGGCGUGCCCCGCCGCCCAGCUCGCCACGCGCCGUCGGCUAGUCCGGCUACCCGUGGCCGCCUCGGCCGGAGUCGGCGGCGGAGGAGGGCCCGAGCUGCGCACGUGCAAGAACUGCAAGAAGCAUUACGACCCGGCGGCGAACCACCCCUCGGCGUGCCGCCACCACACCGCCCACUUCGGAGGAGAAACGAAGAGAAAAUUUGAAAGUGUCUAUGCGGGUGGGACUCUGGAUACUCCAGAUUCAGGCAAAGUGUUCCAGUAUUGGCAUUGUUGUGGAUCGGAAGAUCCUUUUGAUGUUGGCUGUACUGCUUCUCCUCACUGUUCAUAUGAUGACUGAAUACCUUCUCAUGUCUGCAUUGUGAUCCUACUAUUCUUUCAUAUGAAUACUUUUGCCCAUAUUGUCCAUAUAUGUGAAACUGAAAACAGUGCAUUUUUGCUGUCAAAUGUAGUUUGCUAUACUCAUUUUUAAUUUGAACAUUCAAUACGGUUA